AUGUGUAUUUCUACAGAUAUUAAUAAUAGUAGAGCCUUUUGUGAUGGAUCUGAAAUUAGUAGGAACUUCAGGAAGAAACUGAAAAUCGCCAGAUUAAGUGAUAAAUCCUAUGUUACCCUAAAGAAAAAUAAACAAAAAGACAGAAAUCCCAGCAAACCACUGCCGUGUGAAGAGAAACAAGCUCGGAGUUUAUUGAUUCUCGCUUCAGCUCUGUCAAUCAUACUUGCUGCCAGAUUGCAAUCCCGCACACCCCAUUUCUCCAGUGCAGACAACCCAACAGCCAGAGAAACGGAAUUGAUAACAAGAUUUUUCACGUUUUGCUAUUUACCUGUAUUCAAUUUUUGGCUGCUUAUAUUUCCCAACCAUCUUAGUUUCGAUUGGGGUAUGGAAGCCGUACCCAGAAUAACGACGAUAAGGGAUAGUAGAAACGUAAUAAGUUUAGUGUUUUAUUAUGGUUUGGCUCAUAUAUUAAGAAAGAGUUUAAGCAGAAUUCGAAAGAAAGAUAGAAGAGGAGUGAGAGAUAAAGAAGACAAUAAUUGUUGUACCGUUUGCCACAUAAACUGCUCAGAUAUACAUUCCUCUUCUUGUAGAACCAGUAAUAACAACAACACUACUAAUUUCUCAUCAUCUUUAUGUGUUUGCUAUAAUUUUUGCAGACCAUUAGUGGUUUUAAGAACGGAAAAGAGGCAGCAUAAUUCAAAUUCUGCUAUCGUCCUUUCGUUCGCAUUUCUGGCUCUUCCUUUUCUUCCAGCAACUAACAUUUUAUUUUAUGUCGGUUUCGUAGUUGCUGAAAGAGUGUUAUAUCUUCCAAGUGCCGGGUUAUGUCUGUUGUUAGGAUUAGCCAGUGGAACUCUCUGGGAAUGUUAUAAAAGACAAAGACCUCUUUUUUUGUGCGGAUUAGUGUUAGUAUCAGUGGCGUUUAGUGCAAAGACUGUUUUUAGGAAUAAAGACUGGCAUAGCGAGGAGGCCUUGUACAGAUCAGCUAUUCCUAUUAAUCCUCCAAAAGCUUAUGGAAAUCUCGGAAGCGUCCUUAGUAGUCAAGGACGAGUAGACGAAGCCGAAACGGCAUUUCGAAAAGCUCUUCAGCACAGACCCAACAUGGCGGACGUGCAUUAUAAUUUGUGA